GUUAAAGAUGAUCAGGGUAGAGGAUGCUGAGAGGGAAACACUCAGCCAGAGGGAAAGGAGGCACGUCUUGACAUAGACUGCUAUCCAUUCACUGAGGAAAGAGAAGUAAAGUUUCCUUCAGGACAGCCUGCAAUGCUGGAGGCUGGGGGAACAGAGGUGCAGAAAGGGUGAAGGGACUUUUCUAGGGAAGGGUGAAGGGAGAGUUUGCUUGCUUGUUCAAUGAGAGCAGGAUUGAAAAGGCUUUGAGGCGUCAAUCUAGAAAGGCAGCAUGGGGCUGAGAAUAAAGGACUGUGAAGAAAAACUGAAGGUCAAUGGGGUGCACGAGAUUAAGAGAUGCUGGAAGGUGAAUGGGAAAGGUGAGAGCAAUGGGAAAGCAGCAGCCAAUGGCCAGCCUCAGGGGAAGCAAGACACCUGUGGCAAGCCUCCGGCAGACAGCAGCGGACUGCCCGUGUACAGCUGGGCGGAAAUCCGGAAGCACAGCCUGCAGACAGACCAGUGGCUGGUGAUCAGGCGGAAGGUCUACAAUGUCACCCAGUGGGCAGAGAGGCAUCCCGGGGGCUGCAGGGUCCUCAACCACUAUGCUGGUGAAGAUGCCACGGAUGUGUUCUUGGCCAUGCAUCUGGACCAGGAGGUGGUGCAGAAGUAUCUAAAGCCCCUGCUGAUUGGGGAACUGGCCCCUGGGGAACCAAGUCAGGAAAAAAACAAAGACGCCCAGCUGGUGGAAGAUUUCAGGGUCCUGAGGAGGACAGUUGAGGACCUGAACUUGUUGGAGCCCAGUCUCCCUUUUUUCUUCAUGCACCUCAUCCAGAUUCUAUUUUUGGAAGCUUUGGUUUGGUUCAUACUAAGAAGCUUUGGCAAUGGCUGGCUCAUUACAGCACUUAUUUCCUUUCUACUCACAGUUUCCCAGGCUCAAGCUUCGUUUUUGCAGCAUGAUGCGGGACAUCUCUCCGUUUUUAAGAAAUCCAAGUGGAAUCAUCUUAUGCAUAAGCUGGUAAUGGGGCAACUGAAGGGCAUGUCAGCAAAGUGGUGGAAUUAUCGUCAUUUCCAGCAUCAUGCAAAGCCCAAUAUCUAUCCCAAAGACCCAGAUAUUGACAUGGGACCACUUUUUGUGCUUGGAGAAUCACAACCAAUCAAGUAUGGCAAGAAAAAAAUAAAGUAUAUUGAUUAUGAAAAGCAACAUCUAUACUUCUAUGUAGUUGGGCUUCCCCUCCUCAUGCCAGUCUAUUUCAACAUGCAGUCCAUCCAAGUGACGUUUCUUCGGAAGGAAUGGGGGGAACUUGCCUGGAUCAGUAGCUUUUAUAUCCGUUAUUUCAUCACCUACAGAUCUUACUAUGGAAUUAUUGGGACAGUACUUCUCAUAUAUCUGGUCAAGCUGCUGGAAAGCCCCUGGAUUGCAUUAAUUACCCAGAUGAGCCACAUUCCAAUGAGGAUGAGUAAAGAGGAAAACCAGGACUGGUUCAGCACACAGGUUUUGGCCACCUGUAAUGUUAAGCAAUCCUUCUUCAAUGACUGGUUCUCUGGGCAUCUCAACUUUCAAAUUGAACACCACCUAUUUCCCACCAUGCCCCGCCAUAAUUAUUAUAAAAUCGCACCACUAGUGAAGUCAUUAUGUGCCAAGCAUGGAAUUGACUAUGUGAACAAGCCAAUGUUGAAGGCAUUUGGGGACAUUAUCAGGUCACUGAAGAAGUCUGGUGAUCUCUGGGUGAAUGCCUACUACACUUGAGAUGCAGUUGGAUCUUGGGCAUGGGCUGGGGGAUGGGGAAGGUAUUUUCAUUGCUUUAUUGUCCUUGAAUAUUAGAGCACUCUGACCAUGCCAACUUGCUGUCCAGGCCACAGACACAGAAGGAGCAAACCUUGCCCUGCAGGGCUAUCAUUCAAAAUAAGAAAUAGAGGGAAGAAAAGACUGGUUAGUGUCAGAAGGGAGAAAGGAAUGUGGGAUUCUGUUUUCUGCACAUCAAGAUUUCGUCUUUUCAACAGGCCCAGUCUGGGCCAUUGACUUUGAAAGGGAAUACAAGGGAAGGUAAAGCAUUCCAGAAAAGCAGAGAAUUGACCAAGGAGAUACAUUUAGGCAAGUGAUAAAAAUUCGUAUUUGAGGUGUGUAAAGGGUUUUCUUUCCCCACAACAGUCUUGUGAAGAAAUGUGUGCAAGUAUGAUCAUGUACAUUUUGCAAAUGAAGAAACUGAGGCUCAGAGAGGUUAGUCAUCGAGGUAGCAGCACUCGAUCCAAUGCACUAUGUUAGUAGAUAGGAAAACAGGGAGAGUUAUUGCUUAGAGGAAGAAGAACCUAACUAUUUAUGGCAUGUCUGUUUGGGAUGAAAAAUCAAGUCUUCUCAUUCUUUGGUAAAGAGCUGAUAUUUAUAUACACUUGGUAAAGCACUUAGGCACCUUGGUGUUAAGAGCUGCAUUUCACAUCUGAGCAACCAGAGACCCAGAGAAAAGAAGUAAGUUGGGGGGCAGCUAGGUGGUGUGGGGACAGCUAGGUGGUACAGUGGAUAGAACACUGGCCCUGGAUUCAGGAGGACCUGAGUUCAAAUCUGACCUCAGACACUUGACAGUUACUAGCUGUGUGACCCUGGGCAAGUCACUUAACCCUCAUUGCCCCACAAAAACAAACACACACACACACACACAGAGAAAAGAAGUAAGCUGGUUAUACUUACACAAAUGUAGGAAGCAAGAGGCGAAAACAGGUUUCUUUUGGUUCCAUGUCUAUCCAAAGCUCUUUCCAUCAUGACACACUGCCUCUUGGGCCCACAAGCCCCAGAUGCCAACUGGCCCAAUAGCUUGAGAAAGGUUUUUAGAAGGUAGUUGGAGGGGUGGCUAGGUGGCGCAGUGGAUAAAGCACUGGCCCUGGAUUCAGGAGUUCCUGAGUUCAAAUCCGGCCUCAGACACUUGACACUUACUAGCUGUGUGACCUUGGGCAAGUCACUUAACUCCCAUUGCCCUGCAAAAAAAAAAUUAAUAAAAAAAAAUUUUUUAAAGGUAGUUGGAAAUCAACAUGUGGAAAUCAACAUGGUUUCCUCUAUUCCCCUUACAAAAUCUUUUUAAUUCAUCAUCUCCAAGACAUGUAGUUCUGUCUCAAAUUCCCUGGGCUACAAUGCCAGUGUUCAUGCUUUGUCAGCCCAUACAAUUGGCAAGGGCUGGAACCAUUGGAAAGACUUGACCCAGCUAAGGCUUAGCUCAGAUACAGGGUCACACGACAAAGGAUCUAUACAGCCUUAUCACCUCAGCCUCUCAAAUUCUCCUGUGGGAAUCCGCUUUUCAUUCUUCCUAAUGUUUGGUGUUCUUUCUGUCUGCAACUUCACAUGUAUCUACUAGUCUAUCCAUAGACUGUAUCCUCCCAAGAGAAUCUAAGCUCCUUGAGGAGAACCAUUUUUUCACUUUGUCUAUGCAUCCCCAUUGCCUUCUGCCUAGUAAGUUCCUAAUAAAUAUUUUGUUGAGUCUGAUUGUUGAAAACGUAUGUCAAAUAGUUUUAUCCUUCAAGGCUCAACUCAGGUCUCACCUCCCUUAAGAACCCUUCCCUGUCUCCUUGGAUUAUCAGUAUUGUCUUUCCUAAAAUUAUCUUGUAUUUAUGUCUCUAUUUAUAUCCUAUGCCCUCCAAUAAAAUGUAAGCUCUUUAAGGGCAGGAAUUGUUUCAAUUGUACUUAAUCCAAUGCUUUUGCAAUAGGAGAAGGUUAUUAAAAGUUUGUUAAAUUCUUACCAACUCUUUGAAGACAAGAUUGAAGGACAUUCUCAGCACCACUGUGAUGUCAAAAGUGUAUUUUUCUCUGCUUAUUUAAGUGGUGUUAGUCAAUGUGAGAUAUAACUAGGAUUAGUCUACUCAUGUGAUUUGAGACUAAAAUGGAAGAUCUCUCCACCUACCUUCAACUCCAGAGCCCACACUCCUAAAAAUAACUCCCCCAGUGACUAAUCCCCAUGUGUGAAAUUAUAUCAAUGUUGCUAACCAUACAGGUAACAGUUACACACUUAUAGAAACACUCUCU